GCGCUUGCCUUAUCUCCGUGUCUGAGAUAGGUUCUAGGUUUUCUUCUCUGUCUUGCGAAAUCGAGCGAGUGUGUCUCGAGAUUCUUUUAGUAUUGGCUGGUUUAGAUCUGAAUCUUUAGAAAUUAGAUUACACCCGUCGUCUCUUCUUGAGCCAAACCCCCUUCCCUCACCUCUCCCGAUUCGAUCUGAGAAAAAAAGGGGGAAAAACAUGCCAUCGAUUGUGAUUUCGAGGAACCACGCGAGCGGUCAGAACUUGGUCGAAUCGACUAAGAUUGAAAGAAUCGUAACUGAUUCCAAAACGAAGAGCCUGAAAGAGAAGAAGGAUAAGAAGGAGAGGAGAAAACACAAGAAAGAAAAGCGUGAGAAAUCUCACAAACAUUCGUCCAAGAAAGCUGAUGACGAUGUGCAUAAAAAACAGCAGUGUCCGUCCAAUAAGUCCCCAGGCGUGUCUGAGAAGAGUGGUGUGACCGAGGAGCUAGAGGGACCUCAAAACCAACUCGGCUAUCUAUCUGAUGGAAGCCAGAAUAGCAAGAAGAGGAAAAGAGAUGUCUCUCCUCCUGCUGUUGAAAGUGUCAUCAAAGCUGCACCUGUAGCAGGUAAACCUCUACGGAUCCGUUUGCUAUUCAAAAAACCUAAGGUCGAAAGUCCUCCUCUGCCACGAGAGGAUGCUGCUGCAUGCUCCACUUCCGGUGCACAGUCUCUUAAGCAGGCGCCACAAGCUGCCGUGUGUGAGCCUGUAUUGAGUGUUCCCUCAACAUCUCAGGCUGUAAUAGAAGAAACGAAGAAGAUAUGUGAGCCCCAAGUGAAGGUCCCCUCAGCAUCAGUGGCUGCGAGAAAGAAACAUAAGCCGAGCAAAGAAGAUCGAUACAAUGCUUUGUUUGAUGACUGGACUCCUACUUCCUCCAUUGACAUGUUGGUUGAUUCUUCUUCCACGAACGACGAGGACUGGCUAUUUGGAAGCAGGACGAAAGAGAGAACAAGCCGCAAAGAAGCAGACAAGAGUGAUGAAGAUGUGCGCACAUCUAGUGAUUCGUCUUGGCCUAGAGCUCAGUUUCUGUCUCAAGUCGGGAUCUAUUCUUUACCUUACACUGUCCCGUUCUAAUGUUCGUUUGUUUAGCAUUUGUACAGUAACUGUUUGUAACAACACUUCUCUAAUCUAACCCAAUUUUGACA